AUGAAGCCUGUUAACAUUGACAAAGUUUAUCUGAAUUGGAAACUUUUAUACAAAUACGGAAUGAUUUAUCGUGAAGUGAUGCAUUUAACAAGACUUGACUUUUGUCAAGCUUUUAACUUUGGAUCAACCAAUAAGUUGGUAAUUCAAAUGUUAUCAAUGAUGAAAGACAGUGAUCCUAAUUUAUUUAAACUUCGUUGUCCUGGACCUGUGGUGAUGUCUAAAUUCUACAUAAAAACUGGAACCAUGAUGUCAAUUUUUCCUUCAGGAGAUUAUAAACUCAUAUUUGAAUUUGAGUUGGAAAACAAAACUUUGGUGGACUAUUUCGAAGUUAUAUGCAGUUUAAAUUCUCCUAACAAAGAUACUUUUGGGUGA